GCCUUGCCUUCUUUGAUGCUCUGAGCGCGGGAUUCAGAAGGCGCCAAAAGGGAGGCGCUGAUUGGCUUAGCCGAGUCCUCAGCCGGGUCUUCGGUCGCGCGUGGCUGCGAGGGAGCAGGUGGCAGUGGAAGGUACCCCAAAUACCAGCCCCUCGCGCGUUCUGCGUGGCUGGGAGGGGGGAGGUGGCGGAGGAAAGGGCCGGCUGGGUGGGAGGGAGCCGCGUUCGCCCUUCCACGCCCUGCCGCGGCCCCAGGCAGAAACCUGCCCCGCAGGCGUGGAAGGGCGAAGGCGGGAGAUUGAUGCAGCAGCCACAUUACAGUCGGCGCGGGACAGCUGGGCGGGCGGCGUAGGCCGGCUCUCAGGGUCCACUCGGAGGUCAGUCCCACGGAGUUCAGCGGCACUGGCUCCCAGGUUAAAUGCCUGCGAGACUGCAGUCCGAGACGGGCGAAACGAGUAAGAGUCAUCUGGGUUGGCUGUCUCUUAUUUUGCUUACAAGAGGAUUUCUGAACCACCAACUGGAUUAAAAAAAAUGGUGGUGGUGUUGUCAUCCCUCUGUCUCGGGAGACAGUGGAAGAGUGUGCGCUGUCGGGGGUGAAGCCAAGCCCUUGGAGAGUUACACCACCUGCUUUGACCAAUAUGGGAGAUACAUUACUGUAUUUUAAUAUUGUGUUGGAAUAAUAAUAAUAAUAAUAAUUUAUUAUUUAUAUCCCGCCCAUCUGGCUGAGUUUCCCCAGCCACUCUGGGCGGCUUCCAAUCAAGUGUUCAAAACAAUACAGCAUUAAAUAUUAAAAACUUCCCUAAACAGGGCUGCCUUCAGAUGUCUUUUAAAGAGAAGAUAGCUGCUUAUUUGCUUCACAUCUGAAGGGAGGGCGUUCCACAGGGCGGGCGCCACUACCGAGAAGGCCCUCUGUCUGGUUCCCUGUAACCUCACUGCUCGCAAUGAGGGAACCACCAGAAGGCCCUCGGCGCUGGAUCUCAGUGUCCGGGCUGAACGAUGGGGGUGGAGACGCUCCUUCAGGUACACAGGACCGAGGCCGUUUAGGGCUUUAAAGGUCAGCACCAACACUUUGAAUUGUGCUCGGAAACGUACUGGGAGCCAAUGCAGAUCUCUUAGGACCGGUGUUUUGUGGUCAUGGCGGCCACUUCCAGUCACCAGUCUAGCUGCCGCAGAGUGGCUGGGGAAACCCAGCCAGAUGGGUGCGGUAUAAAUAAGAAAUUAUUAUUAUUAUUAUUAUUAUUAUUAUUAUACAUGUUUUGUUGCAGCUGGGGCAUAUGAAGGGGGCAGGGGUUGAACUGCCUGAAUGCCCAUUGGAAAUAAUAGGGACCAUGAAUGCCAGUUGAACGGUGAUGUGACUCCAUUCAAUUAAAGCAAGAGAUGGAUCCUGAGAGAGAACUAGAUGUGUUGCAGCAAUAGGCCACAUUAACAGUGGGCAGGAAGAAAUAAUGGCGAAUAGCAGUGACAGACCCUUUAAUUCUAGUCCCAGAUACAGUCAGUCAUUCCAGUCCCAGGUUUCAUUCCUCAGUUGAUGUGAUGUACCUCUCUGUCCCAUUUGGUUCCCAUGGGGUUCUAUGGCAGAAUAAGGGUGGCAUAUAAUGUAAUUUACAUUCCUUUGAGAGGAAGAGCAAGAUAUAAAUUGGAAAAAAAGAAUAAAUUCCUUACCUUAUUUGUAAUUUGAACUUCUUUCUCUGGAGUCUGUACAUAAUUGAUUAGUGAGCAUAGUUUUUUUAACCUAUUUAUAGUGUAUUGAUAGUUUAUUACAGUUUUGUUGUAUGUUGCCUUGAGGUUUCAGUGUAAAGCAAUAAAUAAGUUGUUGUUGUUGUUCAUCAAAAUAAUAACCACUACAUGGUAAUCUUAGAUUGGUAGGAAAAAUUAUAUCUUGAUCCAACAGCUGAACCUUUUGCUUUCUUGUCAUUUUAAAUCAUCAGUUCACACCUUCUGUUUUACUUUCUAGGUUUCGCCCGUGUUGUAUCAUCACAGAAACAGAAGCAGACUGCAACUGGAGCUGAGUUACCAGGAUGGGAAUCCAUGGUUUGGCCAAGCUGAUUGCUGAUAUAGCUCCUGGUGCCAUUCGAGAGAAUGACAUAAAGAGUUACUUUGGCCGGAAGGUGGCCAUUGAUGCGUCUAUGAGUAUUUACCAGUUCCUGAUUGCUGUAAGGCAGGGAGCUGACAUGCUGCAGAAUGAAGAAGGCGAGACCACAAGCCACCUGAUGGGGAUGUUCUACCGCACCAUCCGCAUGGUGGAAAAUGGCAUCAAGCCUGUCUAUGUCUUUGAUGGCAAACCCCCACAGUUGAAAUCGGGGGAACUAGCCAAACGCACCGAGCGCCGAGCUGAAGCGGAGAAGCAGUUGCAAGAGGCCAAAGAGGCAGGUGAGGAGGAAAAUGUAGAAAAGUUCAGCAAGAGGUUAGUGAAGGUGACCAAGCAGCACAACGAUGAGUGCAAGAAGCUGCUGACCUUGAUGGGCAUCCCUUACGUUGACGCACCUGGCGAGGCUGAAGCUAGCUGUGCUGCUCUGGUGAAAGCGAGCAAGGUCUAUGCAGCUGCUACUGAGGAUAUGGAUUGCUUGACCUUUGGUAGCCCUGUGCUGAUGCGGCAUCUUACAGCCAGUGAGGCAAAGAAGCUGCCGAUUCAGGAAUUCCACCUGAACCGCAUCCUUCAGGAUUUGAGCCUCACGCAGAAGGAGUUUGUGGACCUUUGCAUAUUGCUGGGCUGCGACUACUGCGAGAGCAUCCGCGGCAUUGGGCCGAAGCGGGCCGUGGAGCUGAUUAAGCAGCACAAGAGCAUAGAAAAGGUUCUCCAGCAAAUAGACGCCAAGAAGUAUUCUGUGCCUGAGAACUGGCUGCACAAGGAGGCCCAGCUGCUCUUCCUGGAACCUGAAGUUGUCGACCCCGAAGCUGUGGAUCUGAAGUGGAACGAACCAGAUGAGGAAGAGCUGGUCAACUUCUUGUGCGGGGAGAAGCAGUUCAACGAAGAAAGAAUACGCAACGGGGUCAAGAGGCUGAACAAGAGUCGCCAGGGCAGUACUCAGGGCCGAUUAGAUGACUUCUUUAAGGUUACUGGCUCCAUCACUUCAGCCAAACGCAAAGAGCCAGAACCCAAGGGAUCUGCCAGGAAGAAAGCCAGGGGCGGUGGUGCACUAACAUCAAAGUUUAAAAGAGGGAAGUAAAAUUAUUUUCUAGAACUCUGUACCAGUUCCCUUCCACUGCAGAUGCUUGGAGCGAAAUAUAUUAAACUACAAUUAUAGAGCUUUGGUAAUGUACUCUGUAGUGCUCAAAAUAUGACAGUUAUCGUCAGGCCUUGAGCUCAGCUUAAACUGAUGCAUGGUGGGAGGGACACUGCUCUGACAAAACAUCUGACACUGCUAAUUGCUGGCCAGAGAUCCAGCCAGUCUGAAGGCUUGCCCUGCUCUCGAAGGACCCAGAGGGUGCUGCUCUUGCUGCCUUGAUUCCGGUGAACUCCAUACAUAGUAUAGGUCCAUCUUUGCUGGGAGUACCAUGUUGAGGUGAUUUUAGCUUUUGAAUUGCAUCUUCCAAUAAAUAUUGAUUGAUUAC